AUGGGAAUUAGACUUCUCAUUUGGUGAGUGGUGACAAAUUCCCAGUAGAACAGAAACGAUGAACAAGGUCAGUGUCCCUCUCUCCCUGGUUAAUAAUGCAACUUUUUCUACUUCUAGCCUUUCUGUUUCCACCAUUGAAAGGGAGUUCUUUCUUACCCUAGAUUUUGUGGUAAUAAACACUGGGAUUUCUGAUAAAUAAAUGAGAAAGUUGUUGCAUGGUGUGUAUAGGCUUUCUUAGCAAUCUGUGUCAAUUUUAAAAGAAUGUAUCUGCAGACUGUUUGUUUAGUGCUGUAAAUGAUUCUAUCUGCUUGCUGGAACUAUAAAAGCUUUAUUUUAAUGGUGAGAUAGCCUUCGCAUAUUGCAAGGUUGUAAUAACCUUCUCUACCUACACCGAGUGAUCAUUCUUAUUCAUGAAAUGAAGAUGCCUUUUUGACUCGAGCCGGAGGAGUAGAAGAUUUUCUGAGAUGGUAAAGAUAUUCCUGUUUCACCUGCUUUCCAUGAAUUUGGCAUGUCUCCAGGUUCAAGUCGAAGCUUAUUUUGUGUUAAUUAUUUAAUCUAUUUACUGUGAUGUUUUUAAUCAGUAAUUAGUUCAUUGAGACACACAACGCAACACACCGAAGACCAGUUCAAACUUGGAUAAGGGUAUAUAUGCUUGUUUACAUUAUCACAGUUGGAUCCAAUCGAACUGCACAAAUCAUCAUAUCAUUUUAAUUUUCAGUACUGUGUACAUAAACAUUAAUGGCCCACUCAUAUCUUUUUUCAAUCUGGAGGUUUGAAAAUUUCUUGUCUGACACAUAUAACAUGAUAACUUUUCUGUACCCUUUUCUUUUUUUAAUUUUCAUGAAGACCUUUUAGAACGUACAUUCACAUGGUUGAUUCAAACCCCACAAUAUUUGCAAGGAAAAGCAUUCUUGCAAAAGCCAAUGCCAUUUUUUCUCCUCAAAGUAGUACAAAUAUCCGCAGCAAUUUUCUAUUGCCUCAGUUUAACCACAAUGGCUCCUCCAUAUCUCCUCCUCCUCAUCUUCUUUCUUCUUAGCCCGUUUCAGAAAGUCUCAGGUGUCGGAAUAAACUAUGGCACUCUUGGAAACAACCUUCCGUCACCAAAGAAAGUAGCUCAGCUCCUUGAAUCCACACUUAUUGACAAGGUCAAAAUCUACGACACCAACCCUGAAAUCCUUGAAGCCCUAACCAACACUGGAAUAGACCUCAUUGUUGCUGUUGAGAAUGACCGCGUGGCAAACAUCAGUUCGGAUGUAUCAGCAGCCGAUGAGUGGUUUGCUAGCCGUGUGGCACCCUUCAUUCCUGCCACUUCCAUAGUGGCCAUUGCAGUAGGCAAUGAGUAUUUAACUUCAGAUCCUGACCAUCUGCGCCCAAGUAAUCUAGUCCAAGCCAUGCAGAACUUGCAUGCCGUGCUAGUAGCACGUGGACUUGACCGUAAAAUCAAGGUCACAACCCCACAUAGCAUGGCUAUUCUAGCUUCUUCAUUUCCUCCUUCAGCUUCUACUUUUGCCGCAACACUUAUGCCAACCAUGACCUCCAUCGUAGGAUUCUUAGCUGAAACUGGUGCUUCAUUUAUGGUCAAUGCCUAUCCAUACUUUGCUUACAGGGACAAUCCUGAUUCUGUUGAUUUACAGUAUGCUUUACUUGGAAAUUCUACUGGAGUCCGUGACCCUGCAGGGUAUAUCUACAAUAAUAUGUUAGAUGCACAGAUUGAUGCUGUAAGAUCAGCUAUCAAUGCCUUAGGGUUUGGAAAUCAGAGUAUUGAUAUCACUGUUUCGGAAAGCGGUUGGCCUUCCAAGGGGGAUCAGGGCGAUACUGCAGCUACGCCUGAUAAUGCGAAGACUUAUAACACAAGGUUGAUUGAACGUGCACAGUCCAGUAAAGGAACACCGAUGAAGCCUAAGGAUAAAAUAGAUAUAUAUGUGUUUGCUUUGUUCAACGAGAACAAAAAGGAAGGCGAUGUCAGUGAGAGGAAUUUUGGGAUCUUUAAUGGAGAUGGGUCCAAAGUGUAUGAAGUGGAUUUGAGUUGCGAGUUCUGCAGCAAUGGAGGGUCAUUUGAGUUUGGUGAGAAAAUGUCGAGUGGAGCAAGAGGUCCUUCCGUUUGGUGUGUGGCUAAACCCCAUGCCGAUGAGAAGGUUCUUCAAUCUGUUGUCGACUUCUGCUGCGGACCAGGCGGCGUGGAUUGCAGAGAGAUUUACGAGAGCGGUGACUGUUUUGCACCAGACAAAGUCUAUGCUCAUGCAUCAUUUGCCAUGAAUGCAUACUAUCAGAUACAUGGAAGAAACUACUGGAACUGUGACUUCAAAGGAACUGGACUUGUCACCUUCAGUGAUCCAAGUUAUGGGAGGUGCCGGUACCGUCAACAGUGACAUUACAAAGCAGACGAUAAGCAUGGUAGUGUUUCUCAGUAUUGGUAGUGGAAGAAAGAUUGUAUGAUGAAAAACUUUAAUAGAGAGAGAAAUGGUUUGCUUUCA